GCCUCGUGACGUCACUCUUCCGGCGACAGUGGAGUGGGUUCAUCUUCUGUGUCUCCCACGUGGGGCCUAGGCUGGGGCCAUGGAGGCUCCAGGGGCAGUGAGUCCUCUUCCAGGGCUGGAGAUCUGCGGAGAACUGAUGGUCCUCACCGGCGGGACGCAGCUCUUGGCUGCCGACUAUAAAAAGCCCAGCAGUGAUGAUCUUUUUGUUUAUGACUGUGCUGCUACUGCCAGCAAGAAUCCUCAGGAAACUCAAGGAGAAGAUGGAAAAUCAGCAGGUAAAACAAGUCAUGAUAUCCUUGCCUGUGCAUUUUCUACAUCAGGAACAUAUUUUGUUUUGGCUGAUGACAACAAACAACUGAUUCUUUUCCGUGCAAAGCCUGCUUGGGAAUGUCUUAGUAUAAGAUCUGUUAUUAGAAGAUGUACGUCCCUGAUUAUAACAGCAGCAGAAGAUAAAAUUCUGAUUGCUGACAAAUCUGGGGAUGUCUAUUCUUACUCUAUCACAGAACCAGAAAACCCAGGAACAGUUGAACUUGGGCACUUGUCUCUUCUGUUGGAUGUGGCGCUGAGUCCCAAUGACCAGUAUAUCAUAACUGCUGACCGUGAUGAGAAGAUACGAGUUAGUUUGACUAAAGCGCCACAUAACAUUGUGUCCUUCUGCCUGGGACACAGAGAAUUUGUCAGCAGAAUAUUUGUAAUUCCCAACUAUCCAGAUCUUCUCUUAUCAGCUUCUGGGGAUUGUACAUUGAGGCUCUGGGAGUAUAAAAGUGGGAAGGAAGUUUAUUGCUGUCACUUGAAUAGUUUGAAUAGUUUGAAUAAGUGUGAGGCCACCAGAAAUGAGAAGAAAUACACAGUCUUAAGGAUAGCUUACUGUUGUGAAGAAAGUUGCAUUGCUGUUUUAUAUGAUUGCAUUCCAAUAGUAUCCAUCUUCCAGCUUGAUGCUGGUGCUCAGAACCUCAUUGACAAACAGCACAUCCCUUUGAACCACAAAGGCUGGAGCAUUGCCUUUGAGGACACAGGUGGACUCUGGGUUCUGCAGGAGGACAUGGACACACCUCUUCUCUUCUACCAACUUGUGGAUGGGCAGUGGCAGCCGGCUACCAAUAAGAAAGGAUUGAUGAAAAUGUCGAAGUACAUACAAGACAACUGGAUAGUCUUUAAAGGCUCUGUUGGCAAAGAGAGCUGCUACCAAAAUCUCUACAAGGCUUCUUUUGAUAAUAUGGCUAUUUACCUACAAAAGAAAGAAGAGAGACUUCAGCAGCAGAAAAAGAAUAAAAGGCAGGAUUCACAGCAUGAAUCAAAUGGACAGACAAAAAAGAUCAAAACAGAAGCACCAUUGUUGUGACACUCAAGUAUGCAAAAUGAUUUGGAAGAAGCCAAUCUAAGAACAGAAUUUUUGGGGGGACCCAAUGAGAAUGAGUUGACUUGAUACUCUUCCCAAAAUGAGCUUGCCCCCUGGCAUGUGGCAAAUAUAAAAAGAAAUAGGCUGAUUAAUAUGUCUCUUGCCUACUUUGGCAAAGAUAAUUAUGUCUUAUGAGCUGAGCUUUCUCCUCCAAAUCCAGCUAGAUUUCCUAGUUUGUUUGUCUGGCUUUAUGUCAGACUCCUGGAUCAAGUCUGGCUCUGAUGAUAAAGCUUACCCAAUGAUAGCCACCUGAUGUCUGUCCUUCCCAGUCCACAAAGGAAAUUGAGAACAUUGUGGAAUGAAAAGAAGCAAUGGCAUGAGUGACUGGAGUUAGGUAUGGGGCUUGGGAGUGUUACUUUUUUGAACAACAGCUGUGAGAAUCCUCCAGGCAGCAUGGAAAAUGCUGGCUAGGAUUCUGGGAGCUGUAGUCCAAAAAUAACUUUCUCAAACUCUUAAGUACUUGGCCAAUCAGCUUCUACUGCUAUUUCAUAAUGAUCCUUUAGGUGAAACUACUGACAUUUUAUCAAACCCAAAAUACUCUCAGAUAAUUGUCUAUGAAGCCUUCUUGGUGUUCUCCAUCCCAUGUGGUUAUCUGUCUGCAGAACAAAUCAGAAAUAUAUCUUUAUUGUACACCCUCCAGAGAAUCCUAGUUAUCAGCUGGUCUAAAACAGCAAUACAAAAAAUAAAAUAGAGUGUUGUUGUUUUUU